UUAACGCCGCGGACGAAUAUAAGACUCGCGCUUUACCUACGGCGUCCUUUGACGGCCAAAAAGCCUAAACAAAGGCUGCUGUAUAGCUCGCUCAGCUUCUGAACACCACAGAAGAAGAGUGCUCGUUUUGCCUCGUGUAGCAGGACUAUGCCCAUUUAAAGCCCCGUCUCGUGUUCGAGCGCGACAGUCGUGCCACUUGGUCGUUAACGAGGCCCGUCGUCCCGGCGAUCCGCGAACCGACCGUCCGAAGCCCUUAUUAAUCCGGAAUUUUGCGCGAACGAGAGCCAGACGAUGCUGAACUGCGCGCUGCUGCACUCCCAGCUCGCCUCCGUCGUCGAGGUUCUGGCCAAGGCGGCUGUGGCCGAGAUCUGCGAGCUGGUGGACAACGGCUACGCGGCGCUGCACAUGGAGCUCUCGCAGAGCCAGAAGGAGAACCGGGCCCUGCGGAGGAAGCUGCAGGCGUACCGGCUCCGUCUGGCCCAGGCGUGCGGCGGGGAGGGACAGGGAGGGAGAGCCGGUGGCGGCGGCGAAAGAAGCUCGGCUGGUGGUGGUGGUGUCGAGAAAGCUGCGGGAAAGGAGGCCCACGGCUUCGACAGCCCGCUCAACGUGAGCGACUGGGAGGAUCCCGAGGUGCCCAUCAUCAAGGAGGAGAAACGCGACGAGCACGUGGGCGGACACGCGGACACCCCCGCUGAGAGACUUGUUGGGGCGGGAGGCUCUGGGGAUGAGGACAAGGCUUCUGUUGAAACGCAGAAUCCCCCUAUAGAGGAUACAGGGAUGUCCAAUGAGACGCACAAAGCCAAAACGUUGCACCUGGAGAGCUGUCACCCAGAAAGUCUCCUCAAGUCCGAGUCGGACUCCGACGUCGUAAGCCGAAAAGUGCAGCGCAAGGGAUCCGAUCGCAGGACUGCAAAGAGGGACGGCUUGAGCUACGAUUAUGUCAUGAACGAAGGUGUUAAUGACCUGGAGACUCUCUUUACGCACGGGAGCGCUGAAAGAGGGCUGGAGGAGCCCACUUGCUCCUACGCCACAGAAACCAGCUCGGAAAGGAUGCCUGCUCACCCAGAGCUGCUUCUCGGACCCUUCUCGGAGGAAAGUGCUGGAAAUAGUCUCUCUUCCCCUGGGAAUUUUGAGGAGAAACCCGACGUGAUAAUGGUGGACUCGGAAACGGGCGAAGAACCGCUGCACACGAUGUGGAUCGAGGAGCAGGGCAAUUACGCGAAAAUGUGUCCGUCGCACGCGCAGGCGUCCGAGAGUCAGAACGCGGCGAACUACGACGUCCAGAACGCGUCGGGAAACUUGCUGGGCGAAGGAAGUUUCGCCGCCCCCGAAAGCGCCGACGCUUACCACAAACUGGACGCUCUAGGGCGCCGGUUCUCGGCAGAGAGACCGUUCGGCUGCAUUCAGUGCGGAAAGAUGUUUGCGCAGUCGGAUCAGCUGAAAAAGCAUCAGAACACACACUCGCAGCAGAAGCAGUUCAAAUGCCCCAAGUGCGGCAAGUGCUUCGCCAAUUCCAGUAACCUGAAACGCCACCAGACUGUGCACACGGGGGAACGGCCCUUUUGCUGCACGCAGUGCGGGAAACGCUUCUCUUUCAUCGGAAACCUGAAAAGGCACCAGAGCGUCCACAUCGGAAGGAAGCAACCCAGCUCUUCGGCUGGAUCCUGGGAGGAGUUUAGGUUUUACAAAAACUACCCUCACGCGUCCCCCCCCCCCCCCCCCACCACCAUGUCGAGUCCCGCGUCGUUUCACUCACAGCUUACCUCCAUCAUGGAGGUGUUCACGAAGGCGGCCGUGGCCGAGAUCUGCAAGCUGGUGGACGACGGCUACGCAGUGCUGAGGCUGGAAGUGACUCGAAGCCAGAAGGAGAACGAAGCUUUGAAGAGGAAGCUGAUGAACUCGAUCCUGGACGUGGGCUCUUCUACUUCUUCGGGGAAAGGUGUGAGAAGAGCAGCACAUCAUCAUGAUGGUCAUGGUGGUGGUCGUCCUGCUGCUGCUGCUGCUGCUGGAGCUCAGUCCUGCGGUGGGACAAGACAGACAGAGUUGGAGAAAGCUCCAGAGGCGAUGGUCUUUAACAAGAAGACGGUGGACCUCCAUCAGAGAGGUGAACUUGCAGCUUUGGAUAAGAUGGGUACUGGCAAGCAGUGUGCUCCUGAUCGAAGUACAUGCACAGAAGCAGUGGUGGAACAGAUCGAAUCCAUAAUCAUCAAAGAGGAGGGAUUUGAAGAGGGUGUGGAAAAACAUGCACCAAAGAGCGGACCAAGGAUACACACUGGGCGAGUUGUGGCAUCCAAGGCAAAUGAGGGAGAAAGUCUCUCCAUUGUGGAUGCAGAAACCGCACCUGUGCAAGACCCAGAGGGAGUCCUCGAGCAACAGAGGCUAAGCCGCAGCUCUUGGACCAGCAGUGAACUGUACUCCACCUUCAAGGCGGAUCAGGAGACUCAGACUUCUGUUCAAAAGCAGAAUCUUCCAGGAGGUGGACUUGGUUCGGUUCAUCUGAACAAUCUAGGCUAUGAUUACGUUGUCUAUGAUGGACCCUGUCAGCUGGAGACUUUUUUCACACAAGCGAGCAUGGCACCCAAGAGCACAGAUGCUGCUUGCUUUUACUCCAAAGCAACUGAUGCUGAAAGGAUGCCUGUUAACUCAGAGCUGCUGUUUGGACCUUUUGCAGAGAAAAGUUUAGGGAACAGUCCAUCGUCCCCAGGGUCGCAGGAUGAGAAACCAGAUGUCAUAAUGGUAGAUUUGGUAGACAACGAUGUACAACCAUGCUCUCCAUGGAGCCCGACGACCCUGGCAGGGACUGUUCAAGAGCACCAAAGAUAUCAAAAAGAAUAUGGAGAAAAAGAAACAGUUGAGCAAGGCAGUUACAGUGAAAGCAUACUGAAGCCCUUAGAUGCCCCAGGUAUGAGUGGAUGUUCUCCAGGUGAGGAAGAGCAUCUCUUCUUGGCAAAGAGCAUGUCUACCUACCAUAAAGCUCAUGCAAGAGAGAAACGAUUUACUUGUCCACGUUGUAGAAAGAGCUUCACCUGCCUGAAAAAUCUCGAAACGCAUCAAAGGGUGCACACGGGAGAAAGACCCUUCAGCUGCACGCAAUGUGGAAAGAGGUUUUCGCAGUCAGCUCACCUGAAGAAACACCUUAGUGUUCAUACGGGAGAGAAGCCGUUCAGCUGUGCAAAGUGUGGGAAAUGCUUUGCGGACUCGAGUAACCUUAAACGACACCAAAAUGUGCAUACGGGAGAGAGACCUUACCGCUGUGCUCAGUGUGGGAAAAGGUUCUCCUUAAUUGGCAAUCUGAAGAGACACCAAAGCAUUCACCUUGGCAAAAAACAUGUAAUAGGCCAACAGGCAAGGACUCUGCUUUACAGUCGGACGUGCCGGGUGCUCCGAACAAACCGGGAGGCCAUGCAAGUCAGCUCCCGCAGCCACUUCAACCACCUCUUGAGUAUGAAAGGCCUCUGCCAGGCUGGGAUCCGCGUCAACACUGGCGAGCUGCGCGCAGCCCCCAUUGGCACACUUCCGGACCACUGUGGAAGUGGGACCCACGUGACAUUGAAAGUACCGGUCUGGCGCGCUAAAACAAUGAGCAGCUGUGGCGCCUUUCGCUCUCAGCUGCUCUCUGUCAUGGACGUGCUGGUCCAGGCGGCGGUGUCUGAAAUCUGCAAGCUUGUGGACGACGGAUACGCGCUUCUGCGUUUGGAAGUGUCCCAAAGCCAGGAGGAGAACGAGCUACUGAGGCGAAAGCUACACUUAAUGGAGCUCAUGAUGGCGCAGGGAUCAUGUGCGGAGGCUGACGCUCUUCUAGUUGGUGCUGGACAGCAGGUAACGCCGGGAGAAAAUAUCCAGUUCCCAGUAACUUCUGUGCCACUAGAUGGUCAUCUGAGUCUGGUGGAAGAUGGAGGUGCAAACGCUGUGGAAAAGGUAGACACUUCUGCAAACCAAGGUGGCAAUUUUGAGUUCCACUUUAUCAAACAAGAAAAUGAAAUAGAAGAGGACUUGGAGCACAGUGAUUGUCAAGAAAUGCUGAAGAUUACAGGAGAAACUUCCGAGUUGCCUGCAGAAGACGGUACAACAUGUACACCUGCAGAAGGCAAAGCCUGCACAAAGGCCACACCUGACCAGGAGAGGACAGGACACAGUGUUUGGGAGGACCGUGGACUGGACAGCACUCUCAAGGCAGAACCAGAGAAUGAGACUCUAAACCAGAGGUUCCAGUGUGAAGAAUCUGAGGAGAGAGCAGCAGAACCAAGCAGUCUGGGCUGUGAGUUUAUAUGCGAGGAUUCCAGUCACCUCAACGCUCUCCUUACCCAGCAAAGUACAGAAAACAAAAGUGAGGAAGGAGCUUGCCGUUGUGCAUCAGAACCCACUUUGAAGAAACCGCCAGUUUCAUCCGACCUACAGUCAGUUGCUGAAGAAUGGAAGGUAUCUGAAGGCUGCGUAUCCUCUCCAGCAUCCCUAGCUAUGAAAUCAGCAGCUUUAAUGAUGGAUCCCGAACCAUUUAAAGUGGAGGUGGACUUAAAUUUUGAAUGGGACUAUUCGGCCAUAUCAAGGACAAUUCACACACAACAUGAACAUUACAAAGAGCAAAGGCAGGGGGAGUCAUCGAACCCUAACACGUACACCCCACCUUCCCAGAUUGUAAGAGACUUCCCCCUCUCUAAAUCCAGCGCUCCCAGCACAAAUAAAUGGGAUCUGUACAAUAGCAGUUUAGCCACAACAGCUAAGAUGAACCACGAGGGGUGCACAAAAGGGGAUGGUCUCAUUUGUUUGUGUUCUGGGAAGAGUUUCACUUGCCAAAAUGUUUUUGAAGCACAUCAGAGAACACAUACAGGAGAGAAACCAUUCAGCUGCUCACACUGUGACAAGAGGUUUGCUCAGUUAAGUAAUCUUGUAACACACAAGAGAGUGCACACAGGAGAGAAACCGUACUGUUGCUCACACUGCGGAAAGCAGUUUGCCCAAUCGCGUUACCUUGUCACCCACCAGAGAGUCCACACAGGAGAGAAACCCUUCAAGUGCAUGCAGUGUGGAAAGAAGUUUGCACAGUCGAGUAAUCUCAUAAGGCAUCAAAGCGUUCAUACGGGGAGAAAGCCCUUCCGGUGUUCGCAGUGUGGGAAGUGCUUCACAACUUCAAGUCACCGUAAACGACACGAAAGUGUUCACUAUGGACGGAGACUGUUCACCUCACCGACACAAAUAACCUCGAUCAUGGAGAUUGUGACGAAAACGGCCGUGGCAGAGAUCUGCAAGCUGGUGGAGGAGGGAUACGCGGUGCUGCGCUUGGAAAUUUCCCGAAGCCAGAGAGAAAUCGAGUUACUCAGAGAGAAACUGUCGAUACAGACGGUGGAGAGCGCCGUCCUGAGAGAGAGUCCCGCGGAUGGUCCCUCAGGGCUCAGUCCCUGGUCCAGUGAUGAUCUGCACCCGGGAGCAGCGGCGGUUUUUGAGAAGCACUGGGUGGCACCUUGGAGAGAGGAAGAGCUCCCGGAUGGGGUUAGGGAUGUCGAGCAAGACAAGGUGCAGUUAGUCUCUAUAAUGGAGGCGCUCGCCAAGGCGGCGGUGGCAGAAAUCUGCGAGCUCGUGGAGGACGGGUACGCCGUUCUGCACCUGGAAAUCUCCCGGAGUCAGAAAGAGAACGAGUCGUUGAGGAAGAGGCUGCGGCUGAUGGAGCUGCGCGCGGGGGAGAGGAGCGCGCGAGGUGGUGGCGCGGCGCGCGGGCGCCCCGAUCAUGAGAAAGUGCGGGAAAAGCCAGCGGUCGCCGCCGGCACGUGCACGUGCACGUGGACGGACGUCGAUCAUGCAUCCAGUGCCGCAGGGAUGGUGGUGGAAGAUGCCCCUCGCGACUCUGCCUCUGGGAAGGCAGCGAAGGGCUGCGAGCAGGAAGGAAAGCCCGAGGUGAUCAUUGUUAAAGAGGAGCGGCUGGAGGAGCAGUGUGAGGACAGUGACCUGGAAGAAAGCAUUCAGACCCCUGUGGAGAGAGUUCCAGAGCUGAGCCCCGACAAUGAUCAUGGAAGCGCUCCAGCAGUGGAUGCGCAGAUCACCCGUACGGAGGACAUCAAACAUUUAAGUGAGCAAAAGAGAUCGAGACCCAGUGACUGGGAGGACAGUGGACUGGAUGCUGUGUUCAAGACGGAUCCAGAAAGUGCGCUCCAACAUAGAGUAUCGCGUAGUCCAGGAGCACUGAACAGAUUGGGCUAUGAAUACGUCAUACAGAGGCCCAGUCAGCUGCAGGCGUUAUUUGAACAAGGCAGCAGCGACACGGACGCUGAGGGUCCAGCAUGCUCAUAUUCUAAAGAAACGAGUUCAGACCUAAGAGCUCACGCAGAGCUGGAGAAUGCGGGUGCAGCUACUGCAAAAUGUGACCCUGGCGGUCUUUCCUCUUUUGAAUCCCCUGAGAAACCGCAGAUGAUCAUGAAAGAUAUGAUCGUGUCUGUGCCCGUUAUAGAAGGAGCUGACGUGCACUCUCCUUGGAGUAACAAUACCAUUUUGGGCUGCAUUUAUACACAACAGAGACAUUAUAAGGAGUUUGAAGAAAGACAGGGAUCCCCUGCCGAUGUUUUAGCCAACUUGCGCCUCCCGCUUCCUCAGGUGACGCAGAAAGAGUCGCACUCGGAAAUAAAUAAUUUCCUGCCACACUGCGGGGUUAAGAAUCAACGAUCAAGAGAGAAACGGUUCAUUUGCGGGUACUGCGGGAAGUGUUUCACGUGUCCAAAGUACCUCCAGACGCACCAGAGGGUUCACACGGGAGAGAAACCGUACAGCUGCUCUCAGUGCGGGAAGCGCUUCGCUCAGUCGGGGUACCUCAAGAAGCACCAGAACGUUCACACGGGAGCCAAGCCGUUUGGCUGCAAGCAGUGUGGGAAACGCUUUGCUGACUCCAGCAACCUCAUCCGACACAGGAGCGUUCACACGGGAGAGAGACCUUUCGUCUUAACCGACACGACAGGUGAGGGAGGAAUCAUCGUCAUGUCCAGCUGUUUGUCGUUCAACACCCAGCUCGCCUCCAUCAUGGAGGUUCUGGCCAACGCGGCUGUGGCCGAGAUCUGCAAGCUCGUGGAGGAGGGCUACGCCGUGCUGCGCCUCGAGAUCUCCCGCAGCCGCGAGGAGAACGACGCGCUGCGGAGGAGGCUCGAGGCCGCGGAGGCGCGUGAGCGGAGCGCGGCCCGGCGGGGAGCGCGCGGACCGGCAGCGGGCGAACUUCUUGUUGCUGGAAGCGGCCGCACGGAGGCGCCCUGCCGCGGGGACAGCGCCGAGGAGAGGACGUUUGGCAGCGACGUGGAUGUCGGUCAGUGGAGGGAUGGCGAUGGGGCACCUGCCAAGAACGAUGAUCGGACGCAGACUCCGAACUUGAAAAGGGAAAAGCCAGAAUCGGCGUGUGUGAAAGAGGAGCGGCGCGAAGAUGACCUGGAAAGUGGAGACCCCGAGGGAGAGCUCAGGAUCACAAGGGACAGUAAGUGCGGAUUGGUUGAGCCAUGUGCUGACAGCAAAGAUGACGAUCCCGAUUUAGAAAUCAAAGCCACGUCAACGAGAGGCAGAGAACUGUCUAAGAACAGGACCAGAAAUGCUGUCUGGGAGGCAGAUAACCUGGGCGCCGUCCCCAAGGAUGAGCCCGAGAGCGAUGGUGCGGAGCAGUGGACGGGAACGAGGCGCAGCGCAGGAGCUCUGAACAGUCUUGGUUAUGAAUAUCUCAUGUAUGACAGAAUCAAUCUGGACACCUUUUCUUCUCACGGUAUCGCAGAGGAGCAGACAGACAAUUCGGCUCGUGGUUUUGCUGCAGAUUCGGAGAACCUGCCUGAGGUUCCAGCGCCUUCUGAUGGGAACAGAGAGGGGUUUUCCUCUUGGGAUAAAGCGCCCAUGUUUGGAGCGGUUCGCCCGCAACGCAGCUGUUACGGCGACGAGGAGCCGCAGGGUCAGUUCCCGCUAGAAAAAAUCCAGAUGUUUCCCUCAAACCCCGAGGCGGCUGCAGGAGAGGACAGCGCGUCAGAAUCUUGUCCCCCUCAUGUCAAUGGCUGGACCUCCUGUGAUGACGAGUUUGUCAGAUCAAAGACGGUUAAAAGCCACCGCAGAACUGGUACGAGAGGAAAGUUGUUCAUCUGCACGUACUGUGGCAAAGGUCUCGCCUGCCUGAAAAAUCUGAAAACUCACCAGAGGGUACACACGGGAGAGAAACCGUUCAGCUGUGCCCAGUGCGGCAAGCGCUUCGCCGAUUCGAGCAAUUUCAAACGCCAUCAGAGCGUCCACACGGGCGAGAGGAGGUACUCCUGCACGUACUGCGGGAAACGCUUCGGUCAGUCCGGCUCCCUGAAGGUCCAUCUGCGGGUCCACACCGGGCACAAGCAGUUCAUUUGCUCGCAGUGUGGAAAGAGUUUCAUUUCGUCAAGUCACCUUAAGAGACAUCUCAGCGUUCACGUUGGGGCCGCGGUUCUCUAGACUGACUUCGGGUAUUUUAGAGUUACGCUCUGUUGUCCAACAGUAGAAAGGAGGCAUUGCGUU